GUCUCAUGUCUGUCACUGGUCAACAGUUGGACUACCUGAAGACAGCCUUGAGAACACUGGACCUGACAAGUGAGAACCAGUACCAAAUCAGAGGACACUCCCACUUUGAUAAGGUGAGACAUGGAGGAAAAAAUGAAGAUUAAUCUGGAAAUAUUAAGUUUGAACAAUUACAUUACGUUCGCAUAAAAAAUGGCAUCUUUUUGUAAUAUUUGAAAACACUAUGCAUUUUAUGUGUUAACAGAAUAUGAAACUUAAAUAUAGAGGGUUAACGUUUCAGAGAUACCCCUUAUGAAAGAUAAUUAUUGAAUUUAUAAGUCAAGAGUUAGGGUAAGUGGAAUUCUUGUUUUAAUAUUUAAAAAAUUUCCUUUCAUAUCUCCUGUCAUGAGGAAACUCAUUUGAAAUAUUCAGUUGAUAUUUGCUAUGUUAAAAAAAUUUUUGUUAAUAUAUUUACCUACAGGUUUUUGCUAUGGUAUGUUUCAAUAUUUUAUGCAGGACGUUUUAGAUGGGAGCAGAGCCAUAACUAGUAAUUCUUGUAGCCAAGGCAAUUGUUAAAAAAAAAACAACUACACCACCAAUUCAGGAUAAAAUCAGAAUUAAAAAAAUUUAAGAUUCUCUUUUCUAUGUCCAUCAGUUUUCACACCCUAGGCCCCAUUGCCUCAUCUGCUUUCACCUUGUUACGGCUCUGGAUGUUAGAACAUUAGCCUUUCAUAAAAAAGUUUCUUAUAUUCUACGCUUAAUUCCAUUGUAGAAUCUUUAAUUUUUGUACUGUGAAUAUUAAAGUAGUUCAUAUAGUUCAUUCUGCAUAUCAUUAAAAUAGACAAUAAGCAUAUGUAUUAACAAUGUUUAAUAAUAAAUAUCCUUAUAGCAAUCAAAAUGAAAGAAAUUUAAGUAAUAUUAGAUAUCGAGAUUUAUUAUGUUGCUUCAUUUUUCUAUUCUAUACUUUCUCUACUAUUUUGUUGAAGCACAGAAUUAGACCUCUUUUAUAUUAAAAAUGUUUAAACACUAUUUUUUCUUAACACAUCAAAAGAAUUGUGGGGCUGGUUAUAGCUGUAAUUUUUAAAAACGUUAUUUAUUUCAGUUUUAUUUCCAUUGUUACCAAACUUGAAUCUUUUUUCCUUCAUUUUAUACCUCUAUUUAGUUGCCUGACUGCAUUUUGAAUAUUGCUUAAAGGGUCUUUUACUUUGUAAUAUUAAGACUAAUAUAUUAUUUAAUUAAAUUACAAUUAUAACCCUGCUACAACUCAGUUAAAAAAAUUAAUGUAAUUAGAACCCAAUGAUGUAUAAUUUUGUGUGUGGUAAUUAAUAGAACCUGUAACAAAAUACUCAAAAUAGCUUUCAAAUAUUGACUAUUCAUUAUAGCUUUCUUCAAUAGAAUAUCCUUCAUGCUUUCAAGUGUAGAAUGUUUUUCACAUCUUUCUUAGAAUGGUCUUAAAUGAUCUGCUUUUCAUUUUUUCAACUUGUGUAAUCUCUAUAAAUAAUGUAAGCUUUCCUUAUGUGAAGGGAAGGAUUCUCAUAAUUAGGAGGUAUUUCAUUUUGAUAGCAUUAUGGCUGCUUAAUUGGUGAUUAUAUUUUAAAACAAUCAUCUUACCCUAUUGUGAGGUCAAAAUUUUGCCCUCCAAUAAACAAAUAAAUCAUUGAGCUGUAUAUAGUUUGAAUAUCAAUGAUUUAUUACUAAAUUUUAUAUAACAUUAGUACUAUUUUUUUAAAAAUUAUAAUGAGAACAUGGUUUUAUAACAAUUCUUUUUGCUUUCUUUUAAUGACUAUGCAGAAAACAAUAACUUCAGCAUUGUUUUCAAAUCUAUAAGACUGACUGAAAUUACAAAAUAGUUGCCCUAAGUUAACUUUGAGACUCUCUAAAGAUGGGUGCAAUUGCUAUAAUUUUUAUCCCACUGAAACUAACCUGAAUUAUGCAAGAUUUUUAAAAAAGUUCAUUUUAUUCAUUAUCUUACCAGAAAGCUGGUAUGGGAGACAAGAUGAUACGACGCAACUCAUUGACCACCCUUCAUCCCUUGCCUAAACCAGAUGAACAAAUGACUCCUGCCAUGGAACGCCAGAGAACAGUUCCUCAUGGGUUUAAUGUAAGCCUACAAUAAAAUAUGUUUAUUGGACAGGCUUAAAUGAACCAUUUUUCAGCAUUGCUAAACCAGCUCUGGUAGACCAAGUUCUAUUACCCUCAAUCUGAAAAAUAUUAUGCUAAGUUAUAAAUGUAGAGAUAAAAUAUUUUAGCAUUUUAUUUUGAGGAUAUGUUCAUACAGAAAUUAUUGCUAAUCUUAUCUUAUUGUGAAUUUCUAUCACUUAGGAGAAAGGUCUAGUUACAUAUUUUGAAGAUACAUGGGUAGCUGAGAGGGACCAGAGGCGUCACUCCAUUGAAAGAGAGAUCAAAAUCAAGGAAUCAGAUUUGUACAAAACAAACAAACCUCCACCAUUGUUUUAUGGCAAGUUCUUCAUAUUUAUUCAUGAUUAGAAUUUUUUUCCUUGACAAGAAAUUAUAUUUUGAACCAGAUAAAUUGUUUUAAAACAGAAUCGUCUAUAAAGAAUUAGUUUUACAAGACAGUUGCAAAUAUCAAUUAUUUACAUUUUUCUUUGAAUUUGACUAGUUUUGUUGAGUUACAUUUUGGACAUUAACUAAAAUCAACUCUUCUUCAAAAACAUGAAAGAAAGAUAUAAAAAUUCAUUUGUUUCCCGGUCUGUCAGAAUUUAUCAGUGUGCACCGCAGCUGUUACAAAAUCUAAAUAAUCACUCUUAAAGUCGAUUUUGUCACUAAGGGAGUGAAGUUCCAUGGCUUAUUGCUUACUAACUUUCUGCCUUUUAAGCCACCUUGGGCAUAGGCAGUCUGCAAGAAUUUUCCAUUCAUCUUGACCCCGUGCUUUCUCUUCCAGUUACUUCCAGGUCAAUCCCGUAAUUUGUGUGUCUGCCUCUACCUCACAUCUCCAUGGAUACUUGGGCCUUCCCUUUUCCCUGUCGAUUCCAUGUUAGGCACUGUCUGAUGAUGUUAUCUGGGGCUUUACAAAGAGUGUACCCUAUUCACCACAAUCAUCUUCUUAUGAUGUCUUCAGCAAUAGUCUCUUGGUAUGUCCUUUCCAUUAAGCCUUUGUUGAUGAUGCUGUUUGGCCAUUUUAUGUUCAGGAUCUUUCUAAGUGUUUCUGAAGGUCUGUGCUUGCUGUGGCUCUCCAAUUUCAGCUCCAUAGAGUAGGAUUGUUUUGAUGUUUGAAAUCUUUUGGAACUCUCUCUUCUUCCCACAUCUUUUCAAAUAGAGCAUCAUCUCAUCAUCUCUGUUGAGUUGUCAUCUGAUCAAGACACUUUCCCAAUUUCAAGCUACUUGAAGCCAGGGCUAUUUCUUGCUUAUUAGGGGCACUGUCAUCGUUUUCUAAAUCUUCAUUUGCUGGCUGUAUAUCUGGUAUUUCUGUGGGUGAAGUGUCUAUUUAGAUCUAGUAAUUAAUUCCUCAACUAAUUUUUUUGCUCUUCUUUUGUUUCAUUAUUCCCUUGGCUGUAGCUGGUCUCUCUGGCUUCUUGUAUCUUCUUGAGAGCUUUCUUGUUAAAUUACAUGGAGGUCUUUGAUGUUUCCCUUUCUUGCUGCUUCUUCUGCUGUAUACGCUAAGACUAUCUAUUUAACUUCUAUUAUCCUUUUUAAUUCUGUUACCCUUCCAUUGGUUUCUAUUCUAUAUCUCCUGUACUUUUGUUUUCUCUGUCCCAGGUAGUCUUCAUUUAUUUCCUCUCAUUCAUUUUUUUAACAUGUUGAAUGAGAGCGUAUCUUUGUUUUUGUGCUUCACCAUUCCUAAUACCUCAUUGCAAGUGAAUGUUAUGGAUUUUUAUGUUUUUCCAUGGAAGUUGUCUCUGGUCAUCAUCUGUUUGGUCUUGCAGUGCCUAAAGGUAACACUGAAUUCCUGUUGUUUUUGCUUGUUUGCCAGAAGUGCUAUGUUGUAUAUUAGUGAUCUAGCAGCUGGCUCUUCCCAGUUUUUCUUCAUUUUAGCUUAAGUCUUGCCAAAAUUAGAUGAUGAGCUCAUUUGCAGUGCAGAAGUCUGCCAGUCUUUCACAGUUUUUAUUUCUGUCUCCUAAACCAUGGUGUCUCAUAAUUUCUUCAUAUGCUCUAUUUUCUUUCCCAUUCUAAGCAUUUAGAACUCUGAUUAUGAUAUUUAGAUCUCCACCUGGAUAUUUUUCUAUUAAAACUUGCACUCUAUUGUAGAAAGCUUAUUUUUUUCCUUCCUUACUAUCAAAGUACUGUAUUUCAUUCAUAUUUAUUUCCUUCUUCUUGCUUCGGAAUGUUGUUAUAAUAAUUCUUGGAUCAUGGUAUUAAAAAUACAAUUGGUAUCUAUAUGAGCAGUAAAAUUUGUGCCAAAAAUAUUAUGUAAAGAAGUACUUGGGGGUGGGCUAGAUAAAGUACCAUUUGAGAGCUCAAAAAUGAUACCUUAUUAUUUGCAAAGUUACAGGAAUUUACCCAUUUCUGUCUACUCUUGUGAAACCUAAAAGACUGGCACUUAUUUCAAUGUGAAUUAAAUGACUGAAUGUUUUCAAAUAAUGAUCAACAGAGCAUGUGAAAGCCAACAGAAGACGAUCCCAGCUGGAUUUUUCCAAGUUGACAUCUGACCCAAGUUAUAUGCACAGAAUGCUUGGGAAUGUGAUGUUCAAUGGAAAACUACUCCAAGCCAGUUCAAACUUUGGAUGCUUCAUGACUCUUGAUGCUUCUAAUCCAGCUUCAUUGGAGAUUCCUUACAAUUUUAGG